UCCCUUAGAUUUAUUGGGGGGGGGGAAGGGAAAGAGCGAAAAUCUACUGUAUCACUUCUUGUAUCCAAGUUCGAAACUUUCAUCGGCUUCCAUGAUUCUUUCAAAACAGAAAACGAUACCAAUUCGCAGCUAUUUCAAUCUCUCACAUUAUCAACAUUACAGAACUUGGGAUUUAAAGAAACCUAGGACCCAAACCAGCAGCCACCAGAAGCCUCAAAAUUUUACACGAAGGCGCCGAAGAUCAAUACCAUUUGUGAUCAGUGUGAAGGAAGUACAAGACCCGGAUAAGGCUUUGUCUCUCUUUCACGAGUAUCACCAAAUGGGAUUUAAACAUGAUUAUCCUUCAUACUCUGCUCUCUUGUACAAGCUUGCUCGUUCUCGCAAUUUCGAGGCUGUUGAAAAAGUUCUGGGAUAUUUACAGGAUAAUAAUGUUAGAUGCAGGGAAGCGUUGUUCAUCGCUUUGUUUCAACAUUAUGGAAAAGUCCAAUUAGUAGAUAAAGCAAUUGAGCUUUUCAAUAGAAUGACGGAUUUUAACUGUAUCCGCAGUUCUCAAUCAUUCAAUGCUUUGCUAAAUGUUCUUGUUGAUAAUGAUAGGUUAGUUGAUGCGAAGGAGUUUUUUGAUAGGUCUGCUAAAAUGGGUUUUCGUUUGAAUUCGGUUCCUUUUAAUAUAAUGAUAAAAGGGUGGCUGGAGAAGGGUGAUUGGGGUGAAGCUUGCAAGGUAUUUGAGGAAAUGCUUGAGAGAAAAGUGGAACCCACUCUUGUUACAUAUAAUAGUCUUAUAGGGUAUUCUUGUAGAAAUAGGGACUUAGAUAAAGCGAAGAAUUUGUUUGAGAACAUCAUUCAGAAUGGGAAACACCCGAAUGCAGUAACAUAUGCUUUGAUGAUGGAGGGUUUGUGCUCUAUGGGUGAGUAUAAGGAGGCCAAAAAGAUGCUGUUUGAUAUGGAAUACAGAGGGUGUAAACCAAAACCUGUAAAUUUUGGCGUCUUGUUGAAUGAUCUUGGGAAAAGGGGGAAGAUUGAGGAGGCUAAGUCUUUGGUCCUUGAAAUGAAGAAGAGGCGGUUCAAGCCAGAUGUUGUAACUUAUAAUAUAUUGAUAAAUUACCUUUGCAAAGAGGGUAGGGUGGUCGAGGCUUAUAAGGUUUUGUUUGAAAUGCAAAUUGGAGGUUGUGAGGCUAAUGCAGCUACUUACAGAAUGUUGGUUGAUGGAUUUUGCCAGGUUGGAGAUUUUGAGGGAGGUUUGAAAGUUCUUAAUGCAAUGUUGACAAGUAGGCACUUUCCACGCGUUGAAACUUUUAAUUCUUUGGUUGUUGGCCUGGUAGAGUCUGGAAAUAUUGCUGGUGCUUGCUUUGUCUUGGAGGAAAUGGUGAAGAAAAAGAUGAUAUUAGAUUCUGAAGGUUGGGAAGCUCUUAUUAAGGAUUCCUGUGGCAGAGAUGGUGGUGCUGGUGAACUUGUAAAUAAACUCCUGAUCUCAGCUGCAUAAUCGUCACUGAGGGGAGAAAUAGCUGUACAAGGUAACUGGAAACAGUUUCAAACUGACUUGGAUUCUCACUUCAUGUAGGGUUAUAAAACUAUAAUUCAUUAUUUGGAUACUCAACUGGAUUUGCAAAUCUGAUAAUGUGGGAAAUGUAUGGAGGUUUUUACUUCAGUUGAACAUACAGCCAUGUCCUUUGUUUGAUUUUGGUUGUGGUUGCAUUUGAACACAGAAGAAAGCUGGUCUGUAUUUUGGUCGGUCAUGUAGCGGGCUUUCAUUUUGUGAUAUCCAAUGUAAGACAUGGGAGAAACAAAAGAGGAUGACAAUUUGAAGAUUUUGUAACUGCUGACAGAUUGUUCACUUUCAAAGCUCUGUUCUUUAAUCACUGACUUUUCGGGAAACAGUGAUCAAGGUAGCCAUUUUUGGUUCUAAUAAGCAUAAUGGCCGAUAGGUUGUGUAACAUGAAACUGCAAGUGGCUGAAUUGCUUUGUUUCUGAUCCUGAGAUACUAUACAAAGAAGUUGCACGUUUUGGUCUAUGCAUGAAGCCAAUGACAGUGAUGAGAAGUUCUCAGGUUCUUUUGUGAAUCAAGCAAUUGAAAAUCAAGAACUCUAAAAGCCUGUGUCCGAUAUGGGAUUUUUUUUUUCUCUGUGAGAGCAGUGGAAAAUUAUUACCUAAGAUGGAAAUUUGUAUAUCUUUGCUCACAUGUGAGAUGAAGAGCAUAAACUUCUAUCACUAUUAUCACUUUUCAAGGUUAAUUAACAGAGGAGAUUAAAAACUUUUGCAAUUUGUCAAUUUUGAAUUGUUUCAAUUGUAUGCAGCUUGUAAAUAACUGAGAGAUCUAUGCUUGGACAAAACAUUGAGCAGGACCUCCUCCAAAGUGCAGCAGUUUCGUUCACUUUCAGCUUAUUGUUCCACAAAAAUGAAGCAGGUGAUGUCCAAGUUGUGUGCUUUUUUUAAAAAAAAAAAGAAACACGAUAGCUAAUUUUUUAUUGAAAAAAUUACUAUUUAGUCUCUAUGUUAUGGAAAAACUUGUUAGUUAGUUCAUCUGUAUUGAAAA